UUACUUGUUAAUCAAGAUAAAUUGUUUUCUUUCUGUUUAUGAGUGGAAACUUGGUAAGAUGAAAGAAGUUGCAAGAAAAAAUGUGAAGAUAAAACCAGGUAACAACUUAUCAUCAUCCUUCCCUCCAUUGGUAAUUGUUAAUAUUGGCUCUCUCCUUUAGACGGCGUCGCAGCUCCCAUUCAUUCAUCAUCUUUUAUCAUCAUUUUUGGCUCACUUUUUUACCUUUCUUCAACAAACCAAGUUACUUAGCAUGUUAGUGAAAAAAGUUGACCUCAACGAGAAACGUUGAAAAUCGUACAGAAUGAUUACAAGUAAUAACAAUAAUCAUCACAACAUUAACCAUUCAAGUCCAUUAAGUGUCAAUUCUGGUAUCACUUGUGAUGUACCCAGUGAAGAGACAAACGAUGAUCUCAGUGGGAUUUCAUGGACUCAUGAGAUGGUCUCAAGUGCCAAAGAUGCAAUGAUAUCCUCUAAUGGCAAUGAUUUUCAGUCCAUUGAAACUUUAAGCUACUUCUGUGAUUCCCCGUUAAAUGAUCAUCAGCAUUCCCAACAGCAUCACCAAUCUCAUCAAAACUAUCAUCUUUCUGACCAUCAACAGGGACAACAACGACACAACUACAUAAAUGGAUCAAGUAAUGCUGGCCAAGCUCAUGGCUAUUCCUCGCCUUUGGGCUCAACUGGUUACUCUUGUAAAUAUUUUUCACCUUCACCCACCUCGUCAUCAUCUCCGGCAUCGCCUCCUCACCCAUUGAUAUCAUCGACAACAAAUGCAACUCCAUCGUCCACAUCAACAACAAACAAUAUUAUUGCUUCUUUAAAUGGAUCACUGUCUUCGGUAUCUUCAUCUUCCUCUUCAUCUUGUUCAUCCUCAUCCUCAUCCUCAUCUUGUUCACCCUUGGACACUGGCUCUAGCUUGGUGUCGUCUCUAUGUGUUACUUUGAUACCACUGGUUGGAUCACAAAUGUCACCUCCAGCUUCACCCCAAAACGAGAACAAACCAUAUAUCGAUAAUUAUCACCAUCUUCAUCCUCAUCUCCAUCAGAAUAGCCAUGGUCAUCACAAUAAUCACGAGCAAUAUUUGAAUAACACUGAACAUGCAAUUAAACUUGAGCCUGUUCAUCAACUUCAACAUGACUCUGCUCUUCACCAAAAUUCAAACUUCAACAAUAAUCAGCAAUCGAUUCAUCAUCAACCGGUUCACCAAUCACAAAUGGUACAUCAACAAAAUAGUUUACAAUCGACAAACUCGAAUGCUAAUUACUCUGAAGAUGUUUACCUAGACAAUGGAUUAGAUCAACCAAUUGAAUCUUGUCAUCAAAAUGUUCAUCAAGGCCAUCAACAAGAGCCUCAACAAGCCCAAGACCAUGCUCAUCAACACCCUCAACACCAGCAUCAUGCUCGUUAUAAUAAUAUGAGUUACAAUAGCAAUGAAGGUUACUUUGAAUCUUCCAAUAUUAUGGUUAACCAAUCAACAAUCAAUGUUUUACCCGUAAAUGAGCCCAACCAACAUGUCUCACAUGUUGAUGUCUCACAGCAUCAGCAUCAUCCAGUGCAACAACCAAACCCUAAUCUACACCAGCAACAACAAGCACAAAAUCAUAACGUACAUCAACACGGUGACCAUCAAGUAUCUUUAACCUCACCCCUCAAUUCACUUGUACUGCCUCCAGUCAACUCAUCAGUCCUCGGAUCAACCACCACCGGAGCGACACCAGCAACAUUAGAGAUUGUGGUUAAAAGUCGUCGAGAUCGUCGAAUUUCAGGUCGAAAAAAGGUUACAUCACAUUGUUGCACGUAUGUUAAUUGCGGUAAAAGUUAUUCCAAAUCAUCUCACUUGAAAGCUCAUCUGCGAACUCAUACAGGGGAAAAGCCAUACCAUUGUACUUGGAAAUCUUGUGGAUGGAAAUUUGCUCGAUCAGAUGAACUGACCCGUCAUUACCGUAAACACACGGGCGAUAAGCCAUUCAAGUGUGGACUGUGUGAAAGGCGAUUUUCCCGUUCAGAUCAUUUAUCACUUCACAUGCAAAGACAUACAAAUAUUUAAUAAUUUGUAUCAAAUUAUUGGACAACAAAACAGUACUUACAGUACAUAGCUCAAUACUUUAUUACAACUUGUUAAUGUAACAAAGCUGUUUUUAUACUAACUUAUUAUUUUGUUGUUUUUUAUGAUUAUUUGUUUCAAUAUAC